AUGUUCUUCCAUGUUAUGGUUGCUCAGUCCCCAGUAUUGUGCCUUACAUGGUACUGGAUUUGGGACGCAUUGAGUGUACCUAGCCAUGUCAUCUUUGCAUCAUUUCCUCUUGCCGUGUGUUGUCAGCUAAUAUUUUCCAUUUGUUUUGUCUUAAUCUCCCCUUCCACUCCCCCAGCAGACACUGCCCUCUUGUUACUCUUGGUCUCGGUGCUGGCAACAGGGUCCCAAUCUCCCAGCGGAGAAGCGCCCCAGGAGCCUGACACAGAGCUCCUAAAAUGCCCCAGCUCAUGUGCCUGCAGCUAUGAUGACUACAGCGAGGAGCUCAACAUCUUCUGCAGCUCCCGGAACCUCACACACCUCCCAGAAGACAUUCCCAGCAACGUUAAAUCAUUAUGGCUGGAUGGGAACAACUUCCUUUCUGUGCCAGCUAUGGCCUUCAUGAACCUUUCCAACCUGGACUUCCUUAACCUGCAGAGCAGCCAGCUGGCGAGCAUUGAGCAGCAUGCCUUCCAUGGGUUAAAGGGCCUCUACCACCUGCACCUGGAACGGAAUAGGCUGAAGCAUUUGGCACCAAACACUUUCCUUCACACACAGAACCUCGCCUCCUUAAGCCUCAACAACAACCACUUCAACAAGAUUGAGGAAGGCCUGUUUGCUGGGCUCUCCAACCUCUGGUACCUGAACCUUGGGUGGAAUUCUCUAGUGGUGCUGCCUGACAGAGUGUUCCAUAACCUGCCUAACCUGAGGGAACUGGUCCUGGCUGGGAACAAGCUGCCCUACCUGCAGCACCAAAUCUUCUGCAGUCUCAGUGAGCUGAAGGAGCUGGAUUUGAGUGGGAACUUGCUCAAGGGCAUCAAGCUCAAUAUCUUUGUCAAGCUGCAGAAACUACAGAAGCUGUACCUGAACCACAACCAGAUCAAUGCCAUCGCCCCACGUGCAUUCAUGGGAAUGAAGUCCCUCAGGUGGUUGGACCUCUCCCACAAUCGUCUCAUCUUGCUCUUUGAAGAAACAUUCCUGGGCCUUUUGAGCCUGCACGUGUUGCGUUUAUCCAGUAAUUCUAUCACCAGCCUGAGGCCAAGGACUUUCAAAGACCUCCAAUUCUUGGAGGAGCUACAGUUGGGACACAACAGGAUCAGGAGCCUGGCAGAAAGGACUUUUGAUGGGCUAGGCCAGCUGGAGGUCCUUACGCUGAACAACAACCAGAUUCAAGAGAUCAGGGUCGGGGCAUUCCUUGGGCUUUUUAAUGUCGCAGUGAUGAACUUGUCCGGUAACUGCCUCAAGGCACUUCCCGACUAUGUCUUUAAGAGCCUAACCAAGCUGCAUAGCCUUCACCUGGAAAACAGUUGUCUCAGCAGAAUCAGGCCACAAACUUUCUCCAGCCUUUCCUGCCUCCGGAGGCUCUUCUUGCAGCACAACACCAUAUCCAUGAUUGAAGACGAGAGUUUGAAUGACCUGCAUGAUCUUUUGGAGUUGGACCUUAAGCACAACAGGCUGACUCAUCUCUCCCCCAACAUGUUUGUAGGCCUGAAUAACCUGGAAUACCUUCUCCUUUCCUCCAACCAGCUCUUGGAGAUCUCUCACAAUGCUUUCAGCCCACUUCAGCGUCUCUUCUGGCUCGACCUCUCCAGCAACUAUUUGGAGAUGCUGGACAACAGCACAAUUACCCCCUUAGCAAACUUGCGGUAUCUUAGCAUCAGAAACAAUUCUCUGGAAACCUUCUCAGUUGGCUCUCUGGGCCCUUCCCCUGUGCUGGAGCAGCUGUGGCUGGAAGGAAACAAGUGGCACUGUAAUUGCUCACUGAAGGAACUGAGAGACUUUUCUUUGCAGCAUCCCACAGUUGUUCCACGUUUUGUACAGUCCCUUAUGGAGGUGGAUGAUUCCCACACACCCGUGUACGUGUACAACAACCUGACCUGCCUAAGCCCGCCAGACCUGGCAGGCCUUGACCUGAGGGAAAUCAGUGAAGAUCACUUUGCUCACUGCUAACUAACACGCUUCCUCUUUACAGAGGACUUUCUGCUUUCUAUAGUUGGCAGCAUUAGACACAUACUUGCACAAGUUCAGAUAGAAUC